GAAGCUUCUUUACACGCUAACGAGAAAAAAAGAAUAGGCAUGGACAUAGUGACUUUUGGGAGAGAUGAUGAUGCAAUGUUUAGAUGGAUUAAAGCACUUAGCCUUAAUUCUGUUGACUUGUUGUGAUGCUGAUCCUCCCAAGGUUCGUCAGAACCCUAAGGAUGUGGCUAGAGGCACUGUGUUUACAGUGAAUGAGAUUGAAGCUCUUUACGAACUGUUCAAGAGCAUUAGCAAAAACGGGCUUAUCGACAAGGAACAAUUUCAAUUGGUACUAUUCAAAAUGAACACAACGAGAAGCCUUUUUGCUGAUAGGGUGUUUGACUUGUUUGAUACCAAGAAUACUGGGAUUCUAGAUUUUGAAGCCUUUGCUCGUUCACUUUCGGUCUUUCACCCUAAUGCUAAAUUUGAGGAUAAGAUUGAGUUCUCUUUCAAGCUGUAUGAUCUGAAUCAGCAAGGUUAUAUAAAGAGACAGGAGGUGAAGCAAAUGGUUGUGCGGACUCUAGCUGAAUCUGGCAUGAACCUUUCUGAUCAUGUGAUUGAGAGCAUCAUAGACAAGACAUUUGAAGAAGCUGAUACUAAACUGGACGGGAAGAUUGAUAAGGAAGAGUGGAGGAGUCUUGUGUUGCGCCACCCCUCUCUGUUACAGAACAUGAGCCUUCAACAUCUCAAAGACGUAACAAAGACGUUUCCAAAUUUUGUAUUUCACACUAUAGUGACAGACACUCCUAGUGAGCUGGAUGGAUGAUCAGGGAUGUGAAGAAAGACCAAAACCCUUUACAAGAUCAUUCAUACUUGAUUCUUAUCUUCUUCUCCAUUACUCUAUUACAACCCUCCUCUUUAUUUUUAAUAAAUACGUUCUGAAAGCAGCAUUACCUCACAUGUUUGUGUAUCCGCAAACUUGUUCGGUUUAUCUUAUCUGUUGGAGUGUGCAAAUUGAUUCUUUUACUCGGC